AUGGUUCUCAGGCUCGAUGUCCAGCAUGACCUGCUGGUGAAGGUUUCUAGAAACACCCUCAUCCAUCCGUCAAUCCCCACAGGAAAGGUGGUUUCUAUUGCGGAUAUAGCCACUGGUACUGGAAUCUGGCUGAGGGACCUCUCGCGAUCACUGUCGGAAGUACCUGGAGUCCAGCGGUACUACCAUGGGUUUGACAUCUCGUCCGCGCAAUUUCCGCCCGCGGAUGAUAGUAUCAAAUUCUCUGUCCAUGACAUAACGGUCCCCUUCCCUGAGGAGCAUUGGAACCGCUAUGACCUCGUCCAUGUGCGGCUACUGGUUGCCGCUCUCGCCGAACCUGACUACAGAGCCGCCGUCGCAAAUAUUUACCAGCUUCUCAAGCCGGGAGGUUACAUGCAGUGGGAAGAGAUCGACGAAGAAACGUACAUCGCCGACAAUGUAGCAUUCCAAGAGAUCCGGCGGUGUUUCAAUCUCGGUUUGAAGGCGGAAGGCAAAUAUUUUCAGGCAUCUGCGAAGGUUUACCAUGAAAGCCAGUCAGCCGGGUUCCGAGAUGUGGUGCGGGUCGAGUAUAGUUCACACUGGGAUGCUGGUCUCCGUCCCAGCACCGAACAAAGGUUUGUUGCCAUUAUAGGAACAUUGUAUACAAGUCUUCUACUGCGAUCGGCCCAAGUGCCGGAUGAAGAGGCAGCGUCAAAGAAGGGGGAAGAACUGAUUGAGCGGUUCCGGCAACUUUGUGCUCAGGGAGAGUCACCGCCAGUGAAGCUGAUGAGAGUUGUUGGGCAGAAGCCGUUGCAUGAAGUGGUUUAG